UUCUGUCGUGGGUCACCAACCUCGACAUGGGCUGGAUCAACAUCACGCCACGCCUCCUCUUCAUCUCGGCGACCAUGUACUAUGGCCGCUUUGCACUGCAGUGGAACUGGCGCCGCGUCCUCGCUUUCUGGACCUUUUCCAACAUUGUGCUCAUGGCGCUCGCCACCUUCUUUGUCAUCUGCGACGUCUCGCGCAAUGCGUACCUCUACUCGGUGCUGCUCGUGCUCACGGGCGUCCCCGUGGCCAUCAUCAACCUCAUCAUGGGUUUCCUCAUGGUCGAGAUGGCCGGUGUCGGCUACGAAGCCGUCAUUGCCGGUCUCUGGGCCUCGAUCCGCGACCUCAACGUACCGAUCGCCAACAAGGUGCGCUCGUGGCUCCUCGACGGCUUUCCCGCCACGAUGAGCCUCCAAGACGACGCGGAGACCAAGCACCACGUCGCCUACAUGCACCUCAUUGCAUUCGCGAUCCAGCUCAUCGGCCUUGUCUGGAUCGUCUUGCUGCCGUCGCAGAAAAUCCCGCUGGCCAUGAUGAAGCAGCGCGGUGGCGCCACGUCCGUCGGCGUCCUCGUCGCACUUGGCUACAUUGCGCUGAUGGCGUUCUCGUGGCAGCAAAACGUGCACAGCUAUGCGCAAUAAGAACUACCACUAUAUACGACUAGACACACUACGAUAAAACUAACAAAUCGACUAUUUAUGAUCUUCUAU